AUGCUGCUUCCCACAGCUUUCUUCACUGUGUCCUGGUUGCUGCAGUCCUUCUUGAUACUUGUCUCUCAGGUCCAAGGUGAGAUUUUUCAGCCUAAGGAGGAGCACACUCAGAGAAUCAGCUGCAAAGAAGGCACUGAUGGGACUGCCUUUCCCUGCUAUGCCUUGUUUAUGACACCAAAAUCCUGGAUGAAUGCAAAUAUGUACUGCCAGAAGUGGCCCUCAGGACACCUUGUAUCUGUACUCUCUGAGUCUGAGGCAUCCUUUGUGGCCUCGAUGGUUAAGAACAAUUUGGGUAACUCAGAUUAUGUUUGGAUUGGGCUCUAUGACCCCACCGAGGGUACAGAGCCUAACGGAGGUGAAUGGGAAUGGAUUAGCAAUGAUAUGCUGUAUUACCAUGCCUGGGAGAAAAAUCCUCCCACCUUUCCAUACUCUGGCUACUGUGGGAGCCUGAUAGGAAAAUCAGGAUACCUGAAGUGGAAAGAUUUUGACUGUGACUUAUUGUUACCCUAUGUCUGCAAAUUUAAGGACUAA